UUAUCUAGUGAGGAUGUAUCAAGCUGUAGUCCAUUAUGUAGUAUGAAUUUCAUGUAUGUAAUUUUAUGUAGUGUGAGUUUUUAUAUAGGACUACUGACACAUUUAAAAGCUUCGUAGGACUGGAAUUUAUGUUCAUUGGUCCUUUGCUUCAGUGCCUUAUUCUGUAAGAAACCUCAUUAGCAUCAGUAGAGGUUCUCUUGCUCAAGGAAUAUGUGACUCAGGGAUCUGGGAAUGCUUCUGAGCCUUUGACCAGAUAAAGAUCACAUAUUAGACCUAGUGCCAGGUCUAGUUCUUCAUCUGGUUCACUUGACUAGAUAAAGGUUAAGACCUAUGCACACAGUUGCCUCCAAGUGCCAUGGUUUCUUCUCUCAUACUGGUUUGCGAUAUGAAUAACUAGAAGGUCAACAUCUUGCCUCGAAUUGCAGUGCAUGCCUGCAUGUAGAAUUAUUAGAAUGGGAGGAUGUUUCUUAGUUCACUGGAACUGAAUUUGUCAUCUUAUCCAGCAACUGAGCUCAAUUUCAGUACACACUCAGCAAUCCUAAAUGAAGUAAUGUAUUUUUUACCUACAGAUGUCUCACCUGCUAUUUGCCUUACUUUCAUUACUUUCCUUUGCUGCCCUUCUGGAAGCACAGUGGAAACUUAGAGAGAAUGUGUAUGUCAUAGAAUCUGAGUGGAACGACGAGACACCAGCUAAAAAAGUGAAGCUCACCUGUAACACAUCUGAUGAAACACUGCCAGUUUACUGGAAAAAGGGAACAGAACUGAAAGGAACUGGAAAGACUCUGAUCGUCGAAGUGAAGGAGUUCCCAGAUGCUGGCAACUACACCUGUCUGUCAGCUAAGACACACGAGAUUAUCAGCUACAGUUUCUUCCUCAUAACUAAAGUAGACUCCAAUAGACAAAUGAUACGGUCGAUUCUGAAAAGCUAUAAAGAGCCAAGCAAGACAUUCUUAAAAUGUGAGGCGAAGAACUACUCUGGAAUUUUCACAUGUUCAUGGAUGACAGAAAAUGAGAGUCCAAGCAUGAAGUUCACAAUCAGGAGCCUAAAAGGCUCUCAAGGAGAUGUAACCUGCAGCAGCCCUGUGGUUCACACUGAAAAAUCUGUGACUGAAUACACUGUCCAGUGCCAGAAGGAAAACUACUGUCCAUUUGCCGAAGAGCACCAGCCAACCGAGAUGUUCCUGGAGGUCAUUGAUGAGGUGGAAUAUGAGAACUACACUAGCAGCUUCUUCAUCAGAGAUAUCAUAAAGCCAGACCCUCCUCAAUGUCAGUAUGCAAGCACAAAUGGAACAGUGACCUGGACAUAUCCCAGGACCUGGAGCACACCAAAGUCCUACUUCCCUUUGACUUUCAGGGUCAAAGUUGAAAGCACAAAGAAAUACAGAAGCAAGGUUUAUGAUGCUGAUGAGCAGUCUAUUCAGAUUCCGAAGGCUGGGCCAAAAGACAAGAUCUCCGUGCAGGCCAGGGAUCGCUAUUACAACUCAUCCUGGAGUGAGUGGUCUGCACUUUGCAGAUAAGCACCAGGAGAUUGGUGUAAUGCUCCUCAAGAAAGCAAAGGAUGGAUGAAGACAAGCAAAUAUGCUAAUUAGAAGAAAAAUCUGCAUGUGAGAUUAUUAAGAAGCCACGCCUUACUCUUUUUUUCCAUAGAAUAGUAUGAUCGUGAUUCUGACAGAUCUUUUACAUUCUCCAGGUUUGAGUAACACCACUAGCACACAUCAUGUUAUAUUAACAUGUAUGGUACAGUGAUACAUUCCUGUCAGCUAUUAUUGUUGGUUCCAUGUGCUUUUGUAUUGCAUUUAUUUAUUGAUCUAUUUAUUACUUACUUGAUAUGAAUUGCAGUGUCAGUCGAUGGCAGCUGCCAGUCAGGAUGUUUCAUGUGUUAACUUAUACAGAAUGUAACUUAUUGAAAGAACUAUUUAAUAAUUAUUUUAUUGUUAAAUUAUGCAAUUACAUUCAUAUUUAUUAUUUAUUUAUUUAUUUAUUUAUUUAUUUGAAAUAUAUCAGCACAGAAAGCCUUGGCUGCAUGAGGCAGCUCUGUAUCAUACAUCCAGGCUUAUCUUCCUCUUCCAGUCUGGCAGUUAAUAUUUUAGAAGAAGGAACUGCAGACUCAGAGUCCUGGAAAUGUUAACUGCUGCACAUUUUCAGCUGUUUGUGGUCAGCACUGCACAUCAUAGGCAGCUGAAAUUGUUUAAUAGUUCAACUGCUGUGUAUCUGAUAUUUCAGAGAGCAAUUGAGAACUGGUUUUCUAUGUGAAUGUUAAGUGUGUAAUUAAAUUUAGAAUUUUAAAAUAUGGAUUUUCAUAGAACAUUUUGAAGAUACUUCUUUAGUACUGCCAGAAGUGCUAUUGUGUCUUCACAGAACCUUAGGAAAAGAAUAAAAUCCUAAUUCUGAACUGCUUACAGUGUAAGUGCCCAGGUCUGGAAGAAAAAGCACAAGCAUGUGUUGAAGCCCCUGCUUUUGUUUUUGUUUUUUUGUCAGUCCACCUAAGUUGUGGCUUUCAGGAGGACAGAAGCCCUUUAAGGGCUUGGGCCUUUAUCCUUGAUACAAGAUCAUUGGAAAUAAAAGAGUCCUCAGUUGUGACCAUGCUUCCUUUUUCUUCCAGUUUUAGAAAUGGGUGGUGAUUUAAGUAUUUAAACAUUGAAACAUAGGAAGUAUCUGAGAUUUCAGAAAACCAUUCCUAAUCUAGCUACAAGCGUUUGUUGCUAUUCUAUUAUUUAAGUAUUGCUAUUUAUUUAUUACAUUAUUACUUAUUGCUAUUGCAUAUGAUUCUUA